AUGACCGCCGCCGCCAAUCUCACUCAUCCUGUGAAGACAAACCUGGCAGAGCAUGCCGAGACGGUCCCAGACGACCCUACAACCCUGGAGAAACUGCAUUACGUCCCGACAGCAGGCACUGAAAACUUUCAGCCAGAGACCGAUGUGAAAUAUGUUGUGACCUUCAAGACCUGGGUCGUUAUCUUUAUGCUCACUGUGACCGGUUCUGUGUCUUACUGGUCCGUCCCAUGUCUUGCCGGAAUCCAGAAUCAGAUCGCAGCCGAACUGGGCGAUGCUUCUCAGGGUACAUGGAUCACUGCCGUGUAUAACCUUGGUGCUGUCGUCGCUUUCUUGGUCUGCGGUCCCAAUUCUGAUCUCUUUGGCCGGCGCUGGUUCAUCAUCUUUGGUAACGUCCUCGUCGUAGUCGGGGGUAUUGUGGGUGCCUCAGCCAAGUCCAACUCUGCCCUCAUUGCAGCUAUGGCUAUCAUCGGCUUCGGUGGCGGUAACUGCCAGUUGACGGCAUUUGCGCUCCCGGAGCUCCUUCCUAAUAAGUGGCGGCCUGCAGCAGUCGUUCUUGUCGACAGUAUCAACUACGUGGACGUUAUCAUUGGACCCGUGGCUGGCCGCUAUGCCAUCGCUCAUGGCGCUUGGCGUUGGCUUCUGUACGGAAUGUCCAUUGUCAUGGGCUGCUCAUGCAUCGGUAUUGCAGCGUUAUACUUCCCGCCCAAGCAUCCUCGGGGCGUUCCGUGGCGGCAAGGUAUGCGAGAACUGGAUUACGUGGGAGCGAUAGCUUUCACUGCAGCGGCGAAUCUCAUCCUGGCUGGCAUCGUCUAUGCCUCCUAUACCUCUGCCUCCAGCCCUAUGGUUGUCGCUUGCUUAGCGGUCGGCUUCGCUAUGCUUAUCUUCUUCGCUUGCUGGGAGACAUUUGCACCGCUGAAUCAGCCGCUAACUCCAUCCCGCAUCUUCCGUCGGAAUUAUGGACGCACUUUUACUGCCCCUUUCAUCGCAAGCAUGAUGGUGUCGAUGUUCUACCUUGGUACCCUCACUAUCUGGGACACCAUGGUUGAUGUCUUUUUUACCACGUCUACUUCGGGGAACAAGGAUUUGAAGUUAUCCCUAGUUCAAGGCUUUGGCGUGUUGGUCGGCGCAUUGGGCCUGGCUGGUCCCGGACAUUGGAUCAAAUAUUGGAAGUGGCAGAUGUUUGGUUCCGUCAUGGUCGCCACUGUUUUUGGUAGCCUUUUAGCCCUCGGGAACCCCUCUCAACAAGGCAUUUGUAUCGCAUUUACCUUUCUUUCUGCAGUGGGAUACGGUUGGGGUCAAUACCUCUCCAUCGCUUAUAUCCAGUUUGGAGCCGACCAGGUCGAUUUGGGAAUCGUUGGUGGUCUCGGGCAAGUCUUAUAUUGGCUUCUCUAUCCUUUCCAUGCUGACUGCUUUGUUAGGGGUGUUGCUCGGUUCGCAGGCGGUGCCAUCUCGCAGACCGUCUACAUCACUAUCCUAUCUAACGUAGUCAGUUCUAAUGUCAUCACCAAAGUUACUCGUGCCGCCAUCGCUGCAGGUGCUUCGGUGCAGACCGCCCAACAGGUCCUUGCUGCUCUGCCCCUCGGGUCAGCAGCUAUCAUGAAGGUUCCCGGUAUCACUACGGGCAUCGCUCAAGCAGCCGACGCGGCUUACGUGGAUUCAUAUGUUGUGGGUCUCAAGACUGUCGCGUUGGUUUCCAUUGCAUUUGGUGUCGUGGGCAUGAUUGCCUGUCUCUGCCUGGAGGACAUUGAACCUAAGAUGACCAAGAGAAUUGAGGUCUUCCUGGAGAAUGAUGUCAACGCCGAGAAGAACAAAUUCCAUUGA